AUGGUUAUUCCCCAAUUUACCGGAGAAAUUCCACGAAGACCAGACGUCGUCUACGGUGUGGACGAUUUUAUUCGACAGACAGACAGCAGGAAUGACCAGCACCUCCAGCCUCUUCUCUUCGCAAACGCUAUGAGGAAAAAAAUCGAGUGCAGGACGAGGAAAGUGCGUGAAUGGUUAUUCCUUCUUCAUUUGAAAGAAAGGCGUUCUACGGGGUCCGAACAUGGAGGCGCUUGUUUUCACGCCUUAUCUGUAGUCGUAACUACAUCUUCUGACUGUGUGUGGGUGUUGGUCAUACUGUACGAAAAAUGUGUACCCGACCAAACAAUUCAACUUUGGACUUCCAUCGUUUCAAAGGCGGAAGGAUUGGAUUCAAAAACUCAUGUUUGA